CAUGCCACUCCCUUCAGGUGAACGGAAAGCUCCUUCCCUCUCGCUGCUCGUCUAUAAAACAAACCAAAAACAAUUCAAACCCCUUCCAAACACUUCACCCCGACGGCUAACAUUUCCAAAAAAUCAAUUCAACAUUUCUGAAGGACUAUAAAAACCUACAAAAACAGGCUGGGGAUGGAGGCAGCGCCGGGCGGUCUCGGGCGCUGUUCGUGCGCGUUCUGGCUUGCCGUGGCUUUCGACGUGCUCGGGCUCAUCAUAUUGUUGCUCGGCGUUUUUGGAGAUCUGUUCUUCUAUGACUUUUUGAUAUACGCGGGAGCCAUCAUCAUAUUCCUGAGCCUCAUCUGGUGGGUUUUCUGGUACACGGGAAAUAUUGAGGUGCCACCCGAGGAGCUUGAGGAUGAUGUGGGCUUGCUGAAGAAGGGCAGGGGUUUGGCUGGUGUGGUCAGGAGGUUCUCUAGUCGCCUCUCCAGCGGCAUCAGGAACUCUUUUAGGAGAAAUGGGGGACCCAGAAGUCAAGGUGCGGCGUCUGGUCAGGGGAAACACAGCAGAGAAGUGCCAGUGACUCUUGCAAUGACCUCUCAGGAUAAUGUGAGCACUGUUUCUGGGGCAGUGACCGGAGAGACUCAGGCUAUAUGAACCACCAUGUACAGGCUACAGAAGAGGAUAAUCAACCAUCACAAUGCCUCAGCAGAGUUUUAUUUUUCUCUCUUGUUGAAAUAUAAUUUUAUUUUUUUGAUAUUGUUGUUUUUAUCGCAAGUGUUUACAAUUAUGUAUUAUGUAAAAUACUCUUUUGUUGAAUUGUUUUGUGCUUUGUACUCUAUUUUGAAAUUAUGCAUUGACAAGAUCAGCAAUAAAUACAAUUAUGUAUUUGCCAACAUUUAUUUGUGUGAUUUAUAGGCCUAAGUCUAUGGAGCCAGAUCAGUCUCAAAAAUAAUACAUUUAUUUACAAAAUAAAAUUCAUGCAUCCACAACACAUUUCACAUUUACAAAACCCAAUUUGUAAAUUUGUAAUCACACGAUCUGUAAAAGCAGAAAUCAUAAAAAAUUUGGCCAAAUGAAUUGGAUUUGUGUAUUUAUGAAUCGUGUUUUGAAUUUAUGAAUUGGAUUUGCAUAUUUCAGAAUUUACGAAUCAUAUUUGCAUAUUUUAGAAUUUACCCAUUAGAUUUGUGUAUUUAUGAACUGUGUUUUGAAUUUAUGAAUUGGAUUUGCAUAUUUUAGAAUUUACUAAUUGGAUUUGUGCUUUUAUGAAUCGUGUUUUGAAUUCGCUGGAUUUACAUUUUUUUUUUAUUUUAGAAUUGGAUUUGCAUAUUUUUUAAUUUAGUAAUUGGAUUUGUGUAUUUUUGAAUCGUAUUUUGAAUUUAUGAAUUGGUUUUGUGUAUUUUUGAGUCGUCUUUUGAACUUACGAACUGUAUUUUGUAAAUGUGAGCUGUGUUGUGGAUGCAUGAAUUUUUUUUGUAAGUGUAUUAUUUUUGAGACUGAUCUGGCUCCAUAUAAGUCUGACAUUGGUUUCAAACAACAUGCAAUUACAACCCGGACAUGUUUUAGUGUCCUGCUUUUAUUGAAUCUCAAACAUUUCUACUGUACAACCUUUGGACAGUUAGAAGUGAUAUUAGCUUUGCUUCCUCUUAUCUUUGUUUGCUCAUACCAAUUUAGAACCAACGGGUGUAAAUGAACAGGAUGGGUGGCAUACAGUUUGAUGUUUAACUCAACGACAGACCUCGAUGUUUCACAACAGUUUACAUAUAUUUAUGUUAAGCUUUGAGUGUUUUAGCUUUAUUUCUCAGUAGGUGGUCCAUGUCUUUUAAGUGAUAUCACAUGUGUUCAUACAUUGGCAUCAUUUGUUGAAAAUUCCAUACUUAAGCUGCAUAAAGCAACUGUAGAUUGUGUUUACUGAGAAAGCAGGUUUCUUAAUGAACUUUGAAAUAUAGAACUAGGCAUGGGGCGAUAACCGGUUUCAAGGUUUACGGCGGUUUGAAAAAGUCAAGCCGCAACAAUUACUGUUAUACUGUUCCUAAGAUGCAUGUAAAGUUAUUUUGAUGUAUUUUUUAUGUGUUGUAAGGAAAUCAGUGUUUUUGAAACUAAUAAAGCUAGCAGAAGUCAA